AUGCAAAUGGCACAAUAUCAAGCAAGCCUUGACAUUGAGGUUGUAGAAAUGAUCAAUGCAGAAGUUGAACUUGCAAACUCACUUAUGCAACAUGAGCACCAUGCCGAAUCUAGCUAUCAUGGUUCUGUCAUGGGGCAUUCAUUUGUGCAGCGUGAUAGAGAACAGUGUCAUGACCGAAUGAUGAAAGAUUAUUUCAUCGAGUGUUUGAGAUUUCCUGCUCAUGAUUUUUUUAGGCAGUUUCGGAUGAGGAGAGAGCUUUUUGAAAGCAUCUUGAACGCAGUUGUCAAUCAUGACCACUACUUUGCAAGGAAGAUAGAUGCCAUAGGCCAACAAAGUCUACCAGCUCAUCAGAAGCUCACAUCUGCAUUUUGGAUGCUAGCUAAUGGGUGCUCUACAGACUCAACUGACGAGUAUUGUCAACUUACGGAAACUACUGCUAUUAAGAACCUGAAGCACUUAUGUGGAGCAAUUCAAGCCAUAUAUGGAGCAACAUACCUCCGCAAGACAAAUCAUGAAGACUUGAAAAGGCUUCUACUCACGGCAGACAAAAAAGGCUUCCCUGGCAUGAUAGGAAAUCUCGAUUGUAUGCAUUGGGAGUGGAAGAAUUGUCCUACUGCUUGGGCUGGCCAAUUCAAGGGCCUUCAUAACAAGCCAACCAUUGUGCUCAAGGCUCUGGCGUCUUAUGACACAUGGAUUUGGUAUGCAUUCUUCGGCACGUCUGGAUCAAACAACAAUAUCAACGUUCUUUGGUCUUCUCCUCUGUUCGAUGAUGUUGUCAAUGGAUAG